AUGUACGGGUCCGCGCAAGUUAUCACCAUGGCUGCGCGUUGUGUGCGCAGGACCAGCUUUCCCGAUUUCCCGCCUCCCCCACAAUCCGUCCCUUCAUGCGCGGCCGCGAACAAGCGAAGAAAUUCAGAUUUUUCCUCUGAUGACCAACGACCCUACACGACAUCUUCACUUCCGUCCGUGUGGUUUUGUCGUGCCGUAUGUGUGUUGGUUCGUUUUUACCGCCAGGCCCUGGACUUUGUGCACAGCUGCGGCCGAGUCCAUCGCGACGUCAAGCCCGCGAACCUUCUCAUCACCAGAAACGGGGAUCUGAAGCUGGGCGAUUUCGGCGCCGCCGGGGUGGAAAACUCGUCGCGGAUGGUGGGCACUCAGCGCUUCAUGGCGCCGGAGCGGCUCAAGGGCCACCGCGCGACGGCCCAGUCGGACCUGUGGUCGCUCGGGCUGUCGCUGGCCACGGCGGCGCUCGGCGACGACUUCAUCUCGCAGGGGAGCAACCAGUUCGUCCAGCUCGACAUGGCGGGCCGCGUGCGCAGGCGGCUGUCGAAGACGACCACGCUCUCGGCCGAGCUGAUGGACUUCCUCCACUCCUGCCUGUCCAAAGACCCGGCCCGCCGCCCGGCGCUCCGCAACCUGAUGAAGCACCCGUUCCUGAGCCAGCGGCAGGACUGGCAGGCCAAGUGCCCCGAGGUGGCCCUGGCCAUGCGGGACCGGAAGCGGCUGCAGAGCGGGGACGUCAGCGCGAUCGAGGAAGUGCUGGACGCGCUUUGCCACGUCCGCGCGGAGGAGAACCUUAUCGGCACCAGCUUCGACCCGGCGACCGCGGCCGACCUGGCCUACGAGCUCGGGGUGACGACCGAUAGCCUCGUGCGUGACGUCCACCGGCGCACGCUAGACUUCAUCCGGGAGCGCGGCGGCGGCAGCGGCAGUAGCGGCGACCUUUCUUCCUCCGGCCCCGUGAGCGAUGGCGGCGACGAGAUGCGGAGUCGAGAUAGCGACGGCGGGGAGGGUCGGUGGCGGGCGAUUAGCGGCGGCGGCGGUGGCAUCGCGGGGGACGAGGCGCAAAGGAGACGGAGAAGACCCGCGGCGCAUGAUGAUGCCGGUGGCGACGGUGGCGGAGAAACGAGGGAGGAACGGCCGCUCCACCGCGGCGGAGUAGGGCGAAGAGAAGAGAGCUGUUAUCCCCGGCCUGAGCCCCCGCCGCAGGCGGCGGCAGCGGCGGCGGCAGACGCACUGACGUUAGCCAUGGACAUGAUACCCACGGCGACGAGAGAGGGCGACGGCAGCAAUCCACGCAGCGGUGGCAACAACGCUUACCCGUUGGUGACGCCGCGGGAUCGCCCGACCAGGGGGGGUGCGACGGGGGGCGCCGGCUUCGGGGGGAGACAUUCGACUGCUGUGUAUUCGAACACGAGGGGUCGCAGGAGAGCGCUGGAAAUGAGCCCCGCCGUGAAGCUGACGCCCCACAAGCGCAGGGGUGAGAGGAAGGCCCCCCAGACCAAGAGGAACGGGUCUUGCUGCGUGGCGAACGGCACGAGGCGUGCGGGGCGCGGGCGAGAGAAGGAGCGGGACGCGACGGUAGCGGCGCCGGCGGUGGCGGGGACAGAGGCGGAGACGUCGAUGUCUCGGUCCCCGCGAGAGCACGCGACGGAGGUCGUGACGGCGGCCGCGGAGACGGCCGUGGAAGGCAUGUCUGCCCGUGUGACGGGGACGGACCGCGACCACCAUCGUUUCAGGGAAGCAGGCGCUGCUAAUGUCACCGGACCGGGCGCCGGCCACGUUGGCGCGGCCGUCGAGAGCGCGGGCAUCACGGCCGCCGACGGCCUCCCUUCUUGCCGAGAUAGCCUCGUCCACACGGCGGCGUGCCGGCGCUCCUGGGAGCGGAAGUGCAAGCGCAACCGCAGGCCUCGGACGGCGAGUUCCCGGACCCUGCCCAGCCGGGCCGAGGUCCCCACGCGGUCGAUGCGCGGGGUGUUCCAGCUCGCCGACGAGAUGAAGGCGCAGAUCGCCGUGAGGGACCGGGUGCACCGGCUGCGGGUGUACCCGAGGUGCUUCUCCGGGCGGGAGGCCGUGCAGUGGAUGCUGGACGGGUGCCACGCGUCCUCCGUGAUGGAGGCCGAGAACAUCGGCAACGAGAUGAUGAAGGCGUCGGUAUUCCAGCACAUCCUGAACUCGCACGUCUUCGAGGACUCGUCGGUGUACUACCAGUUCACGGACGGGGACACGCCUCCCCCGCCGUCCAGGGGAAGCCGGCGGCUGCGGCAGAUCGCGCGGGUCGUCGGCGGGCACGUCGCGCGGAGGCUCGUUCCCAGCGGCGGGGGUGCCGGCACGCCGGUUGAUGUUGACGGUGCCAGCAGCAGGCCUGUUAGCAGCAGCAGCAGAUCUGUCAGCGGAGGCAGCAGACCCGUCAGCGGCAGCAGCAGAUCCAGCAUGGACGCCGUGCCUCGAAUGGCGGCGGCCGCACGGGGCAUCGGAGCAGCUGACUGUAUAUGCCCCGUCGCGCCGGGAAACGGCAGCGGCUUGGCGAACCAGCACCCGGCGUCGAGGCCCGGUGAUCGCGGCAGCAAGGUCAAGCGGCGCAGUCGAGGCCGCGGGUCCCAGUCGGUGCUGCAGUUGCGCCGCUUCAGUAGCAGCAUGAGCACGCUGACAGUGCCGGAGACGCCGUAUUAAUCAAAAGCAGGCGCUUUCCUCCGGAGCCGUGCUCCUUGUGAAGUGUGCGACUUGGGAAGGAGAAUAGUCAGCUAGUUUUGCGGCUAGGGCCGUUCGUUGCCCCAAGAGUCCCCCCCCCCUCCCCCAUCCCCCCCCCGCGGCCGCUGCUAGCAAAAAGUGAGCGCUUGGCGCCUCUCGGUCUCUCUACUCCGUCUCGCGGUUUGCGGGGUUGUUGUCAAAGGGGCGUGGGACGACGCUGGAACGCUGGCCCUGUCGUGCACGGCGGUCCCGUGGUUUGAGGGAGGUGUAGCGCUUGGGCGCGGCAAGAACCCUUCGCACGACCUUGGCAUGGAGGUUGAUCAACCCUUCCCUGUGGUUGGUCCAACUUGGUAUCUACUAGCACUCCCAGGGGUUUUGAUUCCUGGAGCACUACAAGUGUACGAUGCCACCGGGUUGCCCCGCCUAGGCACGUCUGGCACGUGCCGCGCCGCAUUGCCACGGAAUGCAGGAGCACAAUCCAUGCAGGCGGCGGUGCGCCCGGAACCGAUCCGGACACAAAAUCGGCAUUGUUCAGAUCGAAGCCUUGUUCGUGCAAGCUCGGCGUUGGUCGCAGAAGUAGCACCGGCCGGGGUGUAGUUAUCCAAUUAGGCGCGUUUCGUGUUGUUGCGCAAAGACCCGCGGACGGUCGCCGAGUGCGGCGGCGAGAGAGGGGAUAGGGGAUAGGGGAUAGAUUUCUAAGAAGGCUGCGCGUCAGGUGAUGAUUUUCUCUCCACCGUGCACGUGUAGUAAAUUUUUGUAUCGGGCUGAUUCGUUUCUGUACAUUGCUGCCCUCGUUGUGUAGACACUGACCUUGAUGCCUUUUAGUUACCCGUGGUGACUGUUUCUCAUUGUGGUUUUGGUAUAACAUGAGGAAAAACGCUGCUAGGUGACUGCUGACGGAGAGGGGGGGGUCUUUUUAUCUGUAUGCCUCGCCCCCCCCCCCCCCCCCCCCCCCCCCCCCCNCCCCCCCCCCCCCCCCUCCCUCACGCCUGACGGUAUAUUGCGGAUGACUUCGCCCGUUUUUACCAUAGCCGUAGCACUGACGCGGUGUGGGGGAUAAUAGGCUCCUGGCUGCAACAGGGGUGGGGACGUACCCCCCCACACACACACAUGUGCACGCGUGCACAGCUCGCAAUAGAUGCAUUCUGUUGUCGCUUUCGCUCUUUUUAUGUUUCGUCCACUUCCGUCAUUUCUGGUUAUGAUGCUGGGGCAGGGUGCGCUCAUUUGUCUCGGUUUUGGUGUAGGUGUUCGCCCGGCCGCAUGGUACGAAGCCAGGGGACAAAACAGAGAGCGGCCGUUCUCGCUUGUCUCGUUUUUGUUCUUCCUGGUCUUGUCUGUCUGGCUUGUGUUUCUGGCUUGUGGUGGUGGUGGUUUCUUCCGUGGUUGGUUGUUGUGACGUUUGGUUGUGUUUUUGUUCUUGUCCACCCCGUAUCGUCGCCGUUGUUCGGUUUCGGAUCAUGAUGCCCCCUCUUUUGUCUCUUCGGCUUCCGCCUUGUUCACUCCACCGCGGCACGGAGAUCGAGCGCUACGACAGCUUUGCAGAGUGUGCAGCAGCACAUCAAAAGUGUCAGGUGGUAGCAAGAACAAGCCGUNGGGGGGGGGGGGGGGGGGGGGGGGGGGGGGGGUGUGGUGUGUCCUUUACAUUCUGUCAAGUCCCCGUUCCUGAUUUAUUUUUGGUGGAUUCCAAUGGAAUGCUUCCCUAUGUGGUGCAUGAAUUGACGAAACGACGUGUGUUGAGCAUUUGUUCGUUGGUGGGAGGGGGGUUUUAGAAAGCCAGCAGGGUUUGUCCCCUGUGUACGUGGAGAGCUUGUGCGGAGAUCAUUAGAUAGGCUGGUGGUUCCUCCCAUGUAGAAAGCGUUUUGGUUUCCUUCUUGAGGGGAGAUGGAUGUGACAAGCACCGCUUGCUGCCGCUGACUGCGUCCCACUCAUUAGCCGCCCGUGGGGCCGCACGUUUGUUUGCAUUACUGCACACGCCCUCACUCAGUAUGACCACGCUGCCUCUUGGUAUUCAGUCUAUUUCUCCUGCUUUGUCAGUGUUAGCAGAGAAAGCUAAUGUAAGGACGUGUUUUGAUGGUUGCUUGGGGUCGAACACCAUUUGUUGUUGUCAACCGCGAGUUUCACCUCGCGACGAUAGCUUUUGGCCAGGCGUUGGAGAUUGUAGCGGCGAGCCGCCACCGCGCUCUCCUACCUACGGCCGUUGUUGCGGCAGUGAUUGUAUGUGUGGUGGGUGGAGUAUCUGCGCGCUUUCGCGCGCGUGUAUGGGGCACAUGUACGGGAAGAAGCUGUUCUGGGUGAAGGACCUGUGCCAUACAUAGAAUGCUGCAACGACCGAAGACAUUGGUUGGGUUUGUAGAGGAUAUGACACUGCGAUUCGAGGUGACAUGCUCAUUUCGUCGACAAUUGGUCGGAUGAAAGGGACCGAGGGAUGGAGGAUGAACGAUGCGGUGUACGGUUUCGGAAGGGAGGGGGGAGGGGGUCGCGUGGAAUGUACCGAGUGUGAAAGGAAGAGUGUGGAGUUAACCGAGAGCCGCCACAAAUAUCGUCGGCAUGGGAUUUGGUUUAAGCUUGCUUUUUGAUGGCGCGGCAUGUAGCGAUAGACGAGAGGCACGGCGGUGGUCUAGGGAGCGUGCCGUUUCAUAUCGGUUGCGGUGGGGUGGCUUGGUUAGAGCGGAAAGAGGAGGGGGUAGUACCAUGUGCACGGAGAAUGCGGGUAUACCUAGGCGCCGCGCAAUUGUUGAAGCAUGGAAGUGGGAGAGUAGAGGGAAAGGAAGGGUUGGGCGCGGUUCAUGGCACCGUCUUUUUGUCGCACUUCAGACUUGCAAACAAACUCUGUUGUAGAUGAUGGCGAAAAACAACGAAAAAAUUAAAAUUAAAACAUGUCACAAAAAACGAACAUA